CUUACCACAAUACUAUCCGCACCUAAGCGUUACCCCAAUUCUAUACCCACCCGCCAGGUUUCUGCUAAUGGCAACUGCCAGUCUCCCGCCUCGCACCCACCCCACUCUCCUCACCAGCCUCCUCCACUCCGGCGUUAAAACCAAUUUUCCGACCUCGUUUCAGAUCCUCCGAAACCCUAACCCUAGCUUUUGGUCCUCUUCUACAGCUGUCGUUGCUUUCGCCUCCUCUUCAUCAUGGGAGCACGAGGAACAACGAUGGCUCCGGGAAGAGCAGCGGUGGCUUCGAGAGGAGCAGCGCUGGCUCCGAGAGGAGCUUCGGUGGAGCUCCGAGCGCGAAGCUCUUCUUCGCGAGAUUGCAGCUCUGCGGCUCCGCAUCGAUGCCCUCGAGGGCGAGCGUUCCCCGCUCGCUGAUGCCGUCGAGGCGGUGCUAUUUGCGGCGAAGGAGCGGCGUCUCGUUGCUGGAGCUGAUAAGUUAAUAGUGGAGGAAGCUGAGGUGAAGGAGACGGUUCGGGAGGGUAUAUCGAUACCUGAGGAGGUGAAGAAGGAAAGGGAGACACUAAGGAUGGGAUCAGAAGGAAAGGACGUACGAGAGAUGCAGG